CACUGCACCGUUAGACAACCGCGCGUGAUUUCCAUGGGAACGUCGUCACGCAAAAGGAAAUUACCGGGUUUGCUUGGUCAGUGGGCUUGGUUGGUUGACAGUAAUCUUGCUAUGGCUGCAAAGGGACAAAAGAGGGCUGACCCUACUGAGCUGAAAGCUAUUUUCAUAAAGUAUGCCAGCAUCCAGAAGAACAAUGAGGCCUUCAUGUCUCCAGAGGACUUUGUGGCCCGGUUUCUCUAUGCACACACUGACAUCAGGCUGUCUGACGAGGCCACCUCACUGCUGGCUGGGGUGGUGGACCAGAAGAAAGAUGGGUUGAUCUCCUUCCAGGAGUUUGUGGCCUUUGAGUCGGUCCUCUGUGCCCCAGAUGCUCUCUACGUGGUUGCCUUCCUGCUGUUCGACAAGACAGGCAAAGGAGCAGCCACCUACGAGGAUGUGAAGCAGGUCUUCAGCCAGACCACCAACCAUCAGCACAUCCCCUUUAACUGGGAUUCUGAGUUCAUGCGGCUGCACUUCGGCACGGAGAGGACCAAACACCUCAGCUAUGGAGAGUUCACCCAGUUCCUCCUGGAGAUGCAGCUGGAGCAUGCGCGGCAGGCCUUUGUUCAGAGGGACAAGGCCCACAGCGGCUCCAUCUCCGCCCUGGACUUCAGGGACAUCAUGGUCACCAUCCGGCCCCACAUGCUCACACCCUUUGUGGAGGAGAGCCUGGUGGCGGUGGCCGGGGGCAGUACAUCUCACCAGGUCAGUUUCUCCUACUUUAACGGCUUCAACUCUCUCCUCAACAACAUGGAUCUCAUUAGGAAGAUCUACACCACACUGGCUGGGAGCAGUAGAGUCCUGGAAGUCACUAAAGAGGAGUUCAUCAUUGCGGCCCAGAGGUUUGGUCAGGUGACUCCAAUGGAGCUGGACAUCCUGUUCCAACUGGCCGACCUCUCUGAGUCCCGUGGCCGUGUUGGUCUGGUGGACAUUGACAGGAUUGCUCCGCUGGAGGAGGGGGCCCUCCCAUACAACCUGGCCGAGGUCCAGAGACAGCUGUCCGGUGGUGAUCCGUCCCGAUCUGUUCUCAUCCAGGUAGCAGAGUCCGCCUACAGGUUUGGCCUCGGCUCCAUCGCCGGCGCUGUGGGAGCCACAGCAGUGUACCCCAUAGACCUAGUGAAGACCAGGAUGCAGAACCAGAGGACCACAGGCUCCCUGGUGGAAGAGCUCAUGUACAAGAACAGCUUGGACUGCUUCAAGAAGGUGCUGCGCUACGAAGGCUUCUUCGGCCUCUAUAGAGGUCUGGUACCACAGCUACUGGGUGUGGCCCCGGAGAAAGCCAUAAAGCUGACAGUGAAUGACUUUAUCAGAGGGAAGACCAGACAGAGAGAUGGAUCAAUCCCUGUACCUGCUGAGAUCCUGGCUGGUGCAUGUGCGGGUGGAUCCCAGGUGAUUUUCACCAACCCUCUGGAGAUUGUGAAGAUCCGCCUGCAGGUGGCUGGAGAGAUCACCACCGGCCCCCGCGUCAGCGCCAUAUCUGUCAUCAAGGACCUGGGUUUCUUUGGUCUCUACAAGGGAGCCAAAGCCUGUUUCCUGCGAGACAUCCCUUUCUCAGCCAUCUACUUCCCCUGCUAUGCGCACGUCAAGGCCUACAUGAGUGAUGAGGAUGGGAGGAUCGGACCAGGCAAGCUGCUGUUUUCAGGGGCCAUAGCAGGCAUGCCCGCGGCCUCCCUGGUGACCCCCGCCGACGUUAUCAAGACCAGGCUACAAGUGGCGGCCCGUGCCGGCCAGACCACGUACACCGGUCUCGCUGACUGCUUCUGGAAGAUUCUGAAGGAGGAGGGACCACGGGCCUUCUGGAAAGGAGCGGGAGCCCGAGUGUUCCGGUCCUCGCCCCAAUUUGGGGUCACCCUGGUGACCUAUGAACUCCUGCAGAGGUGGUUCUACAUUGACUUUGGCGGACAAAAGCCGUCUGGUUCGGAGCCGACUCCCAAGUCUCGCAUCAGCCUGCCGGCGCCCAGCCCCGACCACAUUGGAGGUUUCAGGUUGGCCAUGGCCACGUUCGCUGGCACCGAGAGCAAAUUUGGACUCCACCUCCCAAGAUACAACGUUCAAGUAACCCCCCGGUCCAAGAAGGACGCCCCUUGAAUUGAACCCCCUCUGCCCACACAUAGGGGGCAGAAUAGAGCACACGUGCAAUCAUUACACCCUCUCCCUCCCACCCCCAGCUAGUCGAGCACUUGGAAUAUUCCACCCGAAAGAGAAGCACAUUGUGAGUAGUAUGAUCUGCCUCUCUAGGCUUUAAAGAUAAAUAUGUGUCUGUUUUAGUUGAUGAGAAUUUUUUAAACCUAUUAUGAUCUUCAGAAAUGUACCUUUCUACAUCAUGGUCUAGAAACACAAAAACGUUGUUUUAGCUUCUGUUUUAGUCUUAGCUACCCGUAAAGAUUACUUUUUGAGUCAGUCUUAUUGUGACGAUCAAGUGAUAUCUACAGUACUGACAAUGUGUGUCUAGAGUAGUGUUCCAGUUUGUCUUUUCAUACAGUAAUAUGCACAGUAGUGGAGGGGCUGGCCAUGACUUGAAUUAGACCUGGACUGCUUCCUUUCAUUACAUCAUCACUAAGGCCGGGACUCAUUCAAAAGUGCAUUGUCAACAUGUGCAUUGCACUUGCUUUUAAAGGUAAUUUACACUUGAGCCGACAUGUACCGUAUUUACCAUGAAGGCCAUCUCUUUAAAAGACACUUGACAGUUCAAUGUGCUCGUCUACAACGUGCCUUUGAUUGAAUCUUGGUCUAACCAUCACUUUAUAUGAUGGUGCUUUUACUGUCUUCCACCUGAGAGUCUGAUAGAUACCAAACAGAAUGAGCCCUAUCCGCAGUAUGGGGAUAGUAGCACAAGUACGCACAUCCGAAUGACGGUUCUACUGUACAUAUGAGAACGGAACAGACACAUCUGAAUGACGGUUCUACUGUACAUAUGAGAAUGGAAUAGAGACACAUCUGAAUGACGGUUCUACUGUACAUAUGAGAAUGGAAUAGAGACACAUCUGAAUGACGGUUCUACUGUACAUAUGAGAAUGGAAUAGAGACACAUCUGAAUGACGGUUCUACUGUACAUAUGAGAAUGGAAUAGAGACACAUCUGAAUGACGGUUCUACUGUACAUAUGAGAAUGGAAUAGAGACACAUCUGAAUGACGGUUCUACUGUACAUAUGAGAAUGGAAUAGAGACACAUCUGAAUGACGGUUCUACUGUACAUAUGAGAAUGGAAUAGAGACACAUCUGAAUGACGGUUCUACUGUACAUAUGAGAAUGGAACAGAGACACAUCCGAAUGACGGUUCUACUGUACAUAUGAAUGACGGUUCUACUGUACAUAUGAGAAUGGAACAGAGAGACACAUUUACAUAUUGAUACAGUUCACCAAGUCGCUUUUUGGAUACUGAGAAGAAACUAAUAAUCUUGAUCUUGAACUUCAUUUGCGAGAAAACAUAAAAGAUUGACCAACCAAAACGCUUGAAUGUAAUAUACUGUUCACUUUUACCACCACUUGCACAAGGUAUUACUACUACACCUACUAUGGUAUUGUAGUGACUGUCUGUUAUCCUUAGUUGUCUCAGUCAGAUCAAACUAGGCUGUGUGUUGUAUACAUUUCUAUUUAAAGAAUCAUCAGGGUACAACAGAGCAGGGGGAGAGAGUAGAGAGAUGUGGGGUAUACCAGAAAGCAGGAUUAUGAAAUUAUCCAGUUAACUUUGAUAAACAACCACAUACAGUGGGGCAAAAAAGUAUUUAGUCAGUCACCAAUUGUGCAAGUUCUC